AUGGCUGAAAGACCACAAAACCGUUCGUUGAAGUAUUAUGCUAUUCCAUCGCAAGCAGAACCACAUAACAGCAUUGCUGCCCCUGCCAUCAACCGAAACGAUUUCAAGUUGAAACCUUCACUAUUAUCAGCCGUUCAACAAAACCAAUUUUCAGGUAGUCCUACAGACGGCCCUAACUUACAUUUGUCAGUGUUUGUGCAGUACACAGACACUAUGAAAGCAAAUGGUGUUAGUCAAGAAGUGAUUAGGCUACGUCUUUUCCCUUUUUCCUUAAGAGAUAGAGCUAGAGCUUGGCUCCAGUCUCUACCUUCAAACUCAAUGAAUUUAAGCACUGCCGAUGGCGGUGCUCUAAUGGACAAACCUUAUGACGAAGCUUAUGAACUCAUAUAG